AACCGGGAAAAGACCUAAAACAUAAUUUGGAAUUGAAAAAAGGGAGGUAUUUUCCGGCUUUGCUAAUUUUUAUCACCAUAUACUAUGAUAUAGUGGUCAAUCACCGGUACCUGAUAGUUCAAUGACAAAAGAGUCACUGAAUCAUUCAGGAUACCCGGGUUCGAAUCCCAGUCUAGCCUUUACUAUUGUUUACUAACGUUUUCUGUUUCCAUUCCAAGUUUACAAAUGCCUUCCCCUUUACAGUUAAAUGAUGCCAGUACUACAGCAGCUGAAGAGUUCUUCGGAACUUUAAUACUGUCGGAAUGCUUCUAGAGCUUACUUUGCCAUUAGGCUGAAUCUUGGAGUGCGUUCUUGACAACAGAGCGGGGGAACAAAAUGUAAUAAAUUGAUAAAUCACUGCACAAUGUCUGCCAUUAUGUGAGACUGAUUUCUUGGAGAAAUUCAAUAUGGCUAAAGUAAUGGACCCCCAUAUUGCUGCCAUCAUGGCACAGUAUGACACACCAUCAGCAGAAGGAAAACCUAAGGAGGGGGCAACCAUAGAGAAGAAAAAACCUGUACCUCCCACAAACUACGAAGAGUUCAUGAAAGUUGAGGGGCUGGAAGAAUGGCCCCAGAGACUGACAUCAGAAGGCGCUCUGGAUAUUUCUGAUGAGGCGUUUCUUCUUGGAUCUCAGGAAGACAUUGCAGCUAUACUAAGAGAGUCUGCACCUCUUGGUCUUCAUAUGCUGGAGGAUUUAGAGAAUAGGCUGGAUAAGCUGGAAGACAAACUCCGGUUCUAUGCUGACCAAGUUGUCACUGAGGAGAAGAAACUUCAGCGUGAAGAGGACAUACCGUACGGAGUCAGUCGAGCAUUUAUAACACAAAUGGCUGAAUCCGAUGCUGUGAAGAGUCACCACAGUGCCCGGGGGAGGAAAACCAUGGACUUAGUGGAGACAAUGAUGGAAACCAGGAAGAAGAGCAUGGACUACUGCCAGUUUCCGGGGUUCAGACAUGGCGAGCUCAUCGAGCUUCCAGCUCAGCUGGAAUCUCCUCCCAUCCUUCACCGAGUCACAAAGGCCCAGAACUUCAACCCUGGGUUCAAGAAAUUCUGGAAGAAGCUGUUUCUGUCGGAGGCCUCGGUUGCUGUGAUGCAGGACACAUUCUGGUGGUUCUUCCUCAAUCGGUUUGAUCGCAAUAGUGAAAUUGAGAAGAAUUUAUUGUAUGAUCGUAUUGCAGACAGUUUUGUUGGACUGUUUGCUAGCAUCCACAAAGAUGUCAAGGACAAAUUUCUGUCGGUUUACCCAGACUGUCUUGCUCAAGCUAUCUACAUGGCUUAUUGGACGGCAUUUCCCGAAUCUCACGCCAAAAUGGACGACACCUUCAAACAAGCCUUACUCGAUGUGGUACAUGAAUGGGUCACAGGAUUAAAACCUGUCCCCGGCACAUGGAAAUCCUGGAACAUUCAGAAGAUGGAGGCGAAAGCUCCGAAGGGGUUGGACAGAGAGGCAAAUCAUGCCACCACUAAACUGAUGCAGGCGGCGGCCCUCAAUAAAGAAAUGAACCUGAGUUUGGACAUGGACUCCUUCAACAGGAUGAUGGCUUCUCUGGGAGGGAACCACACAGGCCCACCUUCCACUGUCAGUCCCACCCCACAAAAUAUGUCCCGAGAGAUCACCAAGCUGACCACAAUGACAAACUUCACAAACAUGACAAAUGGUUUGUCUGUGGCAUCCCAUAACUUAAACAUUCCUCCCACUGCCCUGUCCCAAGGCUCCACCUCAAGAAUGGCCACCUGUGGCACCGCCUCCCAUCGGGUGAUGAAAAAAGAGUCCCACCAAUUGGGCCCCGGACCAGAGUAUGAGAGAGUCCUCUUUAACACAAGUGGCCGCAGUCCUCUGAUUUCUCACUAUCUACAUCUACGACAACUACGGGAUUUCAAUCAGCCUGGCAAAAAAGUCCGACGGACGGAGAUAUCAGCCAUGCCUGCCCCUGGUCCCACUUACAAACAGUUGAUAGAAACUCGCAAAGUAAUGUCAGAAGCCCUGAAGAAAGAAUACGAAAAGAUUUGUGACCAGACUCACAAAGACAUCGUAGAGAUAGAGAGGAAGCGAAUUAAGACAAAUCGAGAGAUCAGCAACAUAACACGAGAGCUGAUGAUGACCAAAAAUCCUCUGGACAUUAAGAUACUCACAGAACGGAUCAUGGCUAUCAAGGAGCAAGAUCACGACAUAUCCCUCCUGGACAAAGACUCCGACACCGGUCCAAUGGACAGCGUGCGCGACCGGGAGGAUGAGGAGUAAUGCAGGAAGCUGGAGAGCUCUUAUAAGGGAGAUAACUUCCUCCAUGAUACAGUUGGAAAGUUGGAGAUACAAUUUUCAGUUGUUUGAGGCAGUUGUUGACUCUUUUUUGUGAUUAUAUUUUAAUAAAAUGUGUACAUAUGA